AUGACUGUCACUGCUAAUCCCCGCAAUCCCCCGCCUUUGAAUGAAUUGGCGCCUGUCAUUGAAAAAGCGCUGCAGGCCAACUUCAUAGAUGCAACAGUAAGCGUUGUUCAAUGUCCUGAUCUCCGCCAGCCGCCGUUCCAUCUCGCUGGACCUGGUCUCUCAGGAGACCCCUGUGUAGCGGAUGUAGGUGGCCAAAAGAAUCUUUUUCCGCGACCCAAUCUCGAUGCGAAGUUUGCUUUUCGGUCACUGGCUGCAGAUAUGCAGAUGAGUGAGGAGGAAGACCAGUUUCUAAUCGGUGCCGGGGCGGCUCCAUUCCACGACACAGGCUACAACGCUGAAUUGGCUGUUGAUAUAUACUGCCAAUCUGGUAAACAUGUGGAUUUUGACGAAGUCAAGGGCGACCGGGUUACGAAUGGCUCUCGCAUAAUCCAAGUUGACGCAGAUGGUUCACCACUCUGCCAACCUAUUUCGAGUCUCAAUUGCGGCCUCAUGGUUAAUCUCUUCGGUUCGAAAGGUCAAGCAGGCCCGGUACUGAAAAUCACCACCCGUGCUCGAACUGGCGAGAAGAAUUUCACGGAUUGUAUCCGUCUUGGCCUGGCAGAACACUAUGGCGAUGAUAUACCCAUCAGCCUGGGUGGUGUCUUCCUGUUGAAGAAAGGCAGAGCCAAAUUUCAUAUCAUGCCAGACUUCCCGAAGCCAGAGAAUCUGCCAUUCAAAAAUAGAGACGAAGUGGAAAAUUGGCUCACCUAUCAUGUUUUUGAAGCUCCAGUUGUCUGCCUGACUGUGAUGCAUAGUUCAGACCCAGAGGGUCUUGGAUUGAGGAUGGAGCACACGCAUUGCUUUGAGACAGAGGGGAACCGGAAAGGAGGGCAUUAUCAUUAUGAUGUUCUGGACGGAGAUGAAGAGGUUGAAUACGAAGCCUACUUGAAUGUGGCAUCCACUGUUUAUAAAAUAUGA